ACAAGCGGCUGCUUAAAUUCGACCUUGACGGCCGCUAAUUAAACAAAUCUUACUUUGACAGGUGUUGCACGAAUUUUAACAUUUCCUUGCUUGUGGGUUUGUGUUAUUUACUGACAAGCACAUCGCGGGAACGGCCUGUGAAGAGCUACAUGAUUCUCUGUGAUCGAUUGGACUGACUUGGCAGAGAUGUGGAACUCCCAUUGAUUGAUCUCCACAACACUCCCCGCUGAACAGAGAAAACACUCGAUAGCGAAUGCAAGAGGGGAUUUAAAUCGGACAAAUAUUGUCCUCGUUACUUGACGGAUAAAGUAGCUAUCUGUUUUCUCAUGCGGUCUGAGGUAAUCCGCUAUUAGCAUUGUUUAACGACUAGCCUAACAUCAAUACAGUGCGACGUUAGCUAGCUUGUAAUGUCGGCACUGUUGGACUUGUUUUCCCCUCUAGACCCCGCUUCCUGUUAGCCUUGGGCUAGCUGGAAAAUCGAAAAUAUGCUAAUGAACGAGCAUGUAUAGUUAGCCAACGCAAAGGGGUGUAACUUUACUACUUACAGUAGACUACCGGUUGCAAUUUAGCUGGAAUUGAUUCACGAAUAUAUGCUGAUAACUUUUUUUUUUACAGCCAGCUAUUAGAGCAGCUGGUUUCCUUUAGUUUGCUAACGCUCGACAGCUAGUUAGCCAUCUUGCUUGUGUUGAGGGAUUUAAGUAUUUAACUUGACAAGCUUUUGGUGGCAGAGAGCGAGCGAUAUAACUUCAGUUGCAUGUUAAUAUAUGCCUCGGCAAUGGGCUCACUCGUAUAGGACCCAAUUUCUUGCGACAAACGUUAAUGCCUUAAAAUACUUGGUUUUUACUGUGGAAAGCCUGACAGUGUUUCACUGUGAGCAGACAAUAGAGAACCGGAGACUUGCUGAGCUGUUGUUCUGGUGACGACGAAAACCACAGAUAAAUAACGUAGGUAAAAUUGUAUUUUGAUUACUGUUUUGUUACACCGCUGAUAUAAGUACAAUACUUUUAAAAUAACGUUAGCUACAUUUGUACGUUUAUAAGCGGCAAAAUAAAUAAGCAGUUGACCCGCACAAAUAGCUUGGGGGACAGUGGAUGCUUGUGCGACAUAUGGACUGUUUCCCUGAACCCGCUGCUUUCAGGUAUCUCAUCUCAUUAUAUUAGCUUAUUAAAUGCCUCAGAAAACACUCGCAGUAGCCGGUAGUCAUCAGAGGUAACUAGGUGGAUAGAGAGACGCGUAGAAGCGGUCUGAAGAGGGAGGCUCCUGCCCGUUUCUGGACGUCCAUCUCUCCAGCCUACCUUCAUCACGUCCAUCCACCACCGCCCUCCCCAGCCAUGGACCCCCCGAGGACUCGGUCACGGUCUCGGUCUGGUUUCUAUCAUUUCGGCAACGUUGGGAGUAAUGGCAGUGGUAACGCGGUUGGUAACGGGAGCAUGAUGAACGCCAGCGGAGGUGGAGUGAGCUACCCGCAGCAGAGCAACCCUGGCUGGGCACCGCACCACGGUGGCCGUAGCUACCCGGAGAGCCAGCAGCAGCACACCCAGGGGAGCUACCUGUCCGCAGGGGCGCAGCGCCAUUCCUCACACGGAGCCCACAGACACCCCGGGGCCGGAGGAGUGCUACAUUUUCAUCCAGAUAAUGUGUGCAACGACGAUCGAGACAAAAUGGAAGACAGCCCAAGCCCGAAAAGGCAGCGUCUUUCCCAGCAGACCAUGUUGGAUCUAAACUCCGCCCCUCCCUCUACUCCUUCCUCUCCCAUUCGUCCCUGGGAGCUGCCUCCCAGUCGCAGACCACACCCCCACUACAUGCCAGAGAGAUGCCACACGCCUGUUCGAAACAGACGCAGCCCUCCAAUGAGACGCCAGCGUGGCCGGAGAGACCGUCUGACCCGCCACCACAACCAUCACGCCCACAACAACCACCACUACAACAGCAACAACAACAACAACCACCAUCACCACCAUCACCACCCCAACGCCCACCACCAUCACCACCACCACCUGCACUCUCACCACGGCCUGUCGCCAGGCCACCAGGAUGAGAACUACCGUCACCCGGCUCCCCCUCAGGGCUACCCACCCUAUAACCAGCAACCGUCCCGAGGGCUGGGGCCCGGGCUUGAAGAGCGCCCAGGUCACCAUCCCCCAAAUCCCUCCCCCAGGCCCCUCCACCAGUCACCGAACCUGUCUCCCAGGCUGCUGCACCCUGCAGCCCAUCCACAGCACCCACACCCUCACCCCCACCCACACCCUCACCCCCACCCCCACCCAUCCCAGCAGAGCAGUAUGGUGCUGGACCUCCAUGAGCAGGGUUCAGCUCCAGUAUCGUAUGCUGUGUCUCCUCCGGGAGUGCCACCAGGCCUGCCACCGCGCUCUGCCCCUCAGCAGAUCCCGGCAUGCUCAGUAGUCUUUAGUGGACAGCACUAUCCCGUCUGCAGUGUCCCUCCUCCUGUCCUUCAGACUUGUUCUGUGCAACACUUACCCAUGCCCUACCCAUUCCCAUCACUGCUGUCCAGUGACCAGGCCUUCCUGCUUCCCCCUCCUCACCUCCCCCAUCCCCCAGCACACCUUUCCCACCACCCACCUCACCUGCCCCAGCCUGGACAGUUUGCACCCUAUCCGACACAGCAGGCCCGAUCGCCGUUACAGAGGAUAGAGAAUGACGUGGAGCUGCUUGGAGAACACCUGUCUUUGGGUGCUGGGCUUCACUAUCCCCCCGCCACCCACCCUGCCCUCACACCACACUCCACACAGCUUCACUUCCUCUCCCAUGACCCCCUGCCACAGGAGUUCUUCGGAGUGUCCUAUCCAAACUUUAUUCCGCGGCGUCUCCCUGGGCGACGGUACCGCUCGCAACAGCCACUGCCACCUUCGCCUUACCACCCCAGCCUCUUGCCUUACUUCCUUUCAAUGCUGCCAGUCCAGCCCACAGGUCCUGCAAUCAGUCUAGAGCUGGAUGUAGACGAUGGAGAAGUGGAAAAUUAUGAGGCCCUCCUGAACCUCGCUGAGCGUCUGGGGGAGGCCAAACUCCGUGGACUGACGAAGGGAGACAUCGAACAGCUUCCUUCCUAUCGGUUCAAUCCAAAUAACCACCAGUCUGAACAAACACUGUGUGUGGUGUGUAUGAGUGAUUUUGAGUCCCGCCAACUGCUGCGAGUCCUGCCCUGCAGCCAUGAGUUCCACGGGAAGUGUGUCGACAAGUGGCUGAGGGCCAACAGGACAUGUCCCAUUUGUCGGGCCGACGCCUCAGAGGUCCAGAGAGACUCCGAGUGACCACAUGGGGGAGCCAGAUGCUCCUAAUUGUCUUUGAAACACGUUCAGCAUUACCUGCUCCUGAUAUAUUGAUACACAUGUAUGUGCUUACACACACACACACACACCACUUUCUAGGGUUUUUGUGCAGCACUUUCUGCUCGUUUAUUAUCCUUUAAAUCUUUGAUCUGAUUUUCAUCACAGUUAUUUUACUGUUCACAUGAAUGCAAGCCCUCACAUCUUUUAGUGAAUUACACCCUGCCUGACCACUGUUCUGCUGUGGUGUGCGUGUGUGUACACGUGCAUGCACCACAUCUGUGCAAGUGGUGUUUGGUCAGCCCUGCAAUGCUGAGCGGUGGUACGUGACUGUGUGUGUUUUCAGUGUAUGUGGGUGUGUAAGAGAUUUUAGAGGUCCUGGCGCAUGCCUGAGUUUCUGUUGUGUAGCAGACACGAGUAACGACAUGGGAGAAUUUUUGCUCUCGUAAGUGACUGACUUUACUUCCUGUUUGUACGUUUAUGCACUGUCUGUCUGUAUGCAUACUCCGUGUGUAUGUAUGUUAUAGACUUAAAUCCUUUUCUCUAGUUUGACACUAAGGGUCCAUGCUGCCACUAUAUUUCUUGGUUGCCUAUUUGAUCCAUUUGUUUCUGUAGAUUAUUAUUAUUAUUAUUAUUAUUAUUAUUAAUUAUUAUUAUUAUUGUUGUUACUCAACCAUUAUAAGUGAUUGUUUUCCUGCCUGGCAGUUACCUCAUCAUUCCGGCUUUGAUCAUCUUUCAUUACAAGCGCUUCACAGCAUUACUUUGAAAUUAAGCACAUUUAUAUAUUUUUCUUUUCCUUAGUAAAAAUAAGUUUGUCUGUGACUUUGCAGUGGCACAUGUUACAUAUAUACAUAUAUCUAUAUAUACUGUAUAAAUCUAUGAAUAUCUGUAUACCAAAUAAAAGGCUUGAUAUGAACUUUUUACAA